GGGUGACGUCAUACCCACCUCCAUGUAAACACAGCAGCAAGAUUUAUUCUAAGGAAAAUUGUUAUGACUUCUUGUUGGCGUUGCUGUUUAUCAAGUUGUAAAUUAUCUGCAAGACCCAUUGUCAGAUUCAUAGCCGAGUGGGGAGGCCUGUUCAACGACCAAGAGGGCCAAGAUUAUUUAUUAACGACUCUGCCAUAUAUGACAUUAUUGGUUGUAAUUUCUAUAAUGAAACCAUUUGGAAAUAUAACCAAUUAUACAACAGAACACUAACGUUAUUUAUGACAAUUAAUGAGUCAGCUCACAACAUUUUAUGUAUAACGUACAUGAACUCAUAAAUUAUUAAACUACACACACAUAUAUGUAAUGAUAGUUUAAGUAUAUAACAUAGACAGGAAUGAAUUAUAUAAACUGAAGUAUAGCAACGAACAACUGAUUGUAAAUUAAUUUUUCUCAAAUAACCAACAAGACAAUAAUGAAAACUGGUAAUGUUUAUAAAAAAAUUGACAACAGAGAAAUAAUGAGAAAAUAUUCCUUCCAUUAAUAACGUCUAUAUACACAGUACUGUACUCAUAUGUGAUAGUGAUAAUUAACUUAAUACAAUUUAAUUUUCCUGCUUUUUCCUCCAGGUUCAAUUUCUGUGUAAGGUCUGCCCAAAAUACAGUCAAGACCAGGUUACUUUUUCUACUAUGAGUCAUUGAACGCCUAUAUGGUGUAAGCACGUGACAGUUGAGAAGGAGUGUUCACAUAUUGCAGUGCUUGUACCAAAUGUGAGGGCAGCUGCAUAAAGCUUGUGUAUAAGAGACGACUCAGUGUCGACACCUAUGAGUUUAGCCAAUGGGACAAGAUUUUCCGGAAGUAAUAAACAAUUCUUGGAUUCUGGCCAACGACUAGAAAUGACCUGGCUGACAACUACGGAGUUUACACCUAUGCUGUCUACCUGUUCUUAAUGACCAUCUGGUGGGGACAGUCGUGGGGUACAGCCACUGCCUGCCCCUACAGCCUGCUGGAGGAGUACGUGGAGGUGGGUGCUCAUCCUCUCGAAGUGGUGCUCAAGAUUAUCUGCCAAGUUAUAGGUGGUCUGGCAUCAUUCAGAUGGGUGAAGUACAUCUGGAUGAUGGAGUUUGCACAGACACAUGUAGGUCGUGGCAUUGAUGACUGCUCGGCCGACCUCCAGGUUCCUGUGUUCUUCGGCUUCCUGAUUGAGUGUGUCCUCACCUGUGCCUGCCGAAUCAUCUCCCGAGCUCUUGGUGAAAUUGAACCCAAGUUUGCCUCUGCUAUUGACUCCUUCUUUGCAACCUCCAUGGUGGUGCUGGCUUUCAACUACUCAGGCGGUUACUUCAAUCCAGUGCUGGCAACUGGCCUCAAGUGGAACUGCCGCGGCCACACCAACACUGAGCACAUCAUCGUGUACUGGGCUGGCUCAAUCCUGGGUGCCAUGCUGUCCAUCAAACUCUGGAAUCUGGCCACUGUUAAGAAUGUUCUCGUUGGUCCUUUCAAGCCCAAGGAAGACUAAAUAAAUCUGAAGGAAACAAAAAAGGAAGAAUGACUCGUACUCCUCAAGGGACAAUAUGUCACCACAAUACAUGUUCCAAGUAAACACAAAAACAUUACAGUGCAGUAUACAGUACAGUAUUAUAUUUACUAAACACACCUUGCAUCAUGAUGGGUUAGUGUGUGUGUGUGUGUGUGUGUGUGUGUGUGUGUGUG